AUGGCCGACUACUCGAAAUGGAAGGUGACCGAUUUGAAGGCCGAGCUGAAGCGGCGCGGCAUUCCGCAGACCGGCCUCAGAGUUAAACAGAACUUCAUUGAUAGGCUGCUGGAGGAGGAUGCGAAAGGUGAGAGUGAGCCCGUGAGUGAGGCGCCUGUCGACGCGCAAGAUACGCCUCAGGAGGACGCGCAACCGGUCGAACCACAGCAAGAAGCACCGGAGCCGACAGCAAACGACACGACCGAGUCCCACGAUCCCAAACCUGAAGAACCCCCUCAAGAACAGGUACAACCAGAGGAGGCACAGCAACAGAAUGGUGAGCCACCAGCUGAGGACAAAGCUCCCGAAGAGCUACCAGCUGCCGAUCGAACCGCCGAGCAGCCGCCUCAAGCUCCUGAAGCUCCUGAAGCUCAAGCUCCUCAAGAAGAUGAACGUGAAGCUUCGGCGCACCCGGUUGAGCAGGCUCCCGGGAGCACCGAUGCCCAGCAGCCAGCCGCAGAGGAAGAAACACAGCAGCCCAAGGCUACAGAAGCUGUCGCGUCGGCCGUCCCCCAGAUCUCGGAGGCGAACACGGGUUUGUCUACACCUCUAGCUCCCGAGGAAGUUCUAGAGGAUCGUCGCAAACGCAAACGCCGCAGCCAGAGUCCCAUUCCUACCCCCGAAGCGCUGGCGCACAAAAAGGCAAAGGCGGAAAAUGAAGAACCUAAAGUUACCCUACCGGAAGACAAGGACUCGAUGGAUGUCGACGAGGGCGCCCAGCCGGACGGAGAUGUUCCCGCGCAAGAGGCAGCCGAUAAGAGUGGCGACGCAGAGCCCGAGCAUAAACCCUCACCAGUCCAAAAUGAAGCUCAAGGCGAAAAGCCCAACGAGUCUGUUCCCGAAGAAACUACGAAAAAAGAUGCCCCGGCAAAACAAGAUGUUCGCUUCAAAGGCCUUUUCGCCGCCCCGGAGCCCGAACCUCGCGCGGCAUCACCUCCCCCGGAGGAUGCAAUGGACGACGACACGGUCGAACCGGCGAAGCAUGCGGCCACCUCAGCACUUUAUGUGGAUGGUCUCAUGCGCCCGCUCCAGCCGAACGCCCUCAAAAGUCACCUACUCACCCUGGCCUCCCCUCCCGGGGGCUCCCAGGAUCCCGACAUGAUCACGGAUUUCUAUCUCGACUCCAUCAAAACGCACUGCUUUGUAAGCUUCGUCAGUGUCUCUGCGGCUUCCCGAGUUCGUGCCGCACUUCACAACACCGUUUGGCCCAACGAACGCAAUCGCAAAACUCUCUUUGUCGAUUUCAUCCCGGAGAACAAGCUGCAGGAAUGGAUCGACCUGGAGGAAGGAUCCCGACGACGCGGCGGCCCUCCACCCCGGUGGGAAGUGAAGUAUGACCGAACGGAGGACGGUGUCGAGGCAGUCUUGGAGGAGAUCGAUCCUCGCAGCGCUGCACCCCAAGCCCCACGCGGUCGCGAGCCGGCCGAAUUCUCUCGUCCUCCACCUACAGGACCUCGAGCGGAGAUGGGCGAUCCCAGCCGACGUCCGAGCGGUCACAGCGAAGCCGACAGCAAGCCUCGGCCUGGGCAGGGCUUCAAACCGCUUGAUGAUCUUUUCAUGUCCACAACUACCAAGCCUAAGCUCUACUAUCUCCCCGUUCCGCGAUCGGUAGCCGACCGCCGUUUAGACCGAUUCGACGAUCUUCUUCGAAAGGGCUCAUUUCCGCGUCGCGGAGGCGAUGAACCUCGACGCAUCACCUUCGAGGAUGGAGAUUUGUUCGUUGAUCACGGUCCAGACUUCAACCCUCGAGGUGGUCGCGGUCGAGGCGGUCGCGGACGGGGACGAGGUCGUGGAUUUGGCGAUUCAUGGAGAGAUGAUCGACGCGGCCGAUAUCAUUGA